GUUCAACUUCCGCAGCCUUUCAUGUGACCGGUCAUGUGAUUUGUAGAACAUCCGGAUCUUGAUACAGCAUAUUUAUUUUGUCCCAAGUGCAGCCAUGAAGAAGAAGGUGUUGUUAAUGGGAAAAAGUGGAUCUGGGAAGACCAGUAUGAGAUCCAUAAUCUUUGCAAACUACAUUGCCAGAGAUACACGUCGGCUGGGAGCAACUAUUGAUGUUGAGCAUUCACAUGUGCGAUUUUUGGGGAAUCUGGUGCUGAACUUAUGGGAUUGUGGUGGUCAGGACACAUUCAUGGAGAACUACUUCACGAGUCAACGUGAUAACAUCUUUCGCAAUGUAGAGGUCUUGAUCUAUGUGUUUGAUGUGGAGAGCAGGGAGCUGGAAAAGGACAUGCACUACUAUCAGUCCUGUUUGGAAGCCAUCCUUCAAAACUCUCCUGAUGCCAAAGUGUUUUGUCUUGUGCACAAAAUGGAUCUUGUGCAGGAGGAUCAGCGGGAUCUGAUUUUUAAGGAGCGGGAGGAUGAUCUAAGGCGUCUAUCCCGACCUUUAGACUGUGCUUGCUUUAGGACAUCUAUUUGGGAUGAGACAUUGUACAAGGCUUGGUCCAGCAUAGUUUAUCAGCUCAUUCCAAAUGUGCAGCAGCUAGAAUCAAACCUGCGGAGCUUUGCUCAGAUCAUUGAGGCGGAUGAAGUGCUCUUGUUUGAAAGAGCAACAUUUCUGGUUAUAUCCCAUUAUCAGUGCAGGGAACAGAGGGAUAUCCACAGAUUCGAAAAGAUCAGCAAUAUCAUUAAACAGUUCAAACUGAGCUGCAGUAAACUGGCUGCUUCAUUCCAGAGUAUGGAGGUUCGAAAUUCCAACUUUGCUGCCUUCAUAGACAUCUUCACAUCCAACACUUAUGUUAUGGUUGUGAUGUCUGAUCCUUCUAUCCCUUCUGCUGCAACGCUCAUCAAUAUCCGCAAUGCCCGGAAACAUUUUGAGAAGCUGGAACGUGUGGAUGGUCCAAAACACAGCCUUCUGAUGCGCUGAUUCUUAAUCUGUGGCUGGCCACUCUUCUUGCUAAGCCACCUUAAUGGAACAGAACUUGUGUUAUUUCAACCUCAAUUCCAGCAUCGUCUUGUGAUGACUCUCCAUGCGGAGUUGAUCUCCACUACAUCUUUCAGUUUCCAUUCCUUGAACCUCCUUCAAAUCUCUCGUCAUAGCCUUGUUGUGGAUAUUUUCUACACAUAUCCCUUUCAGAUUUCUUCAGCAGAGACUUUCCACCCAGGCUGGACCUUAAUCUUGAGCACAGCACCUUAACACAGUGAUACCUUACCCUUUUGUUACAUCUUCAUAACUAGUAUACUCCCAAUCUGAAACUAUCUCUACUCUUUGCUCCUGGUCCCUGAACUCUGUUAAAAUGAACACGCUGAUUUCACCAUCUCAAGACAUCAAGUUUAUUUUAGUCUUCGUCUUAUAUUCCCUACUCACAAUAUAUUGGGCAGUUAGUAAUCUUGUGUUUACGUUUGGGUUGAUUUGAAUCAUGCUGUGACUUCAAGCUCUUUUCCCUGAAUAGAAGACAUUACUGCUAAUAAGAAUUAAAACACCAGACAUUCAGUGUAUUUUAUGCUUUGGAAUAAAGUAUUUAUGCUU